CCGAGGAAGAAAAAGACCCGGAAGUAAGUUUUACUAUGCUUUACUGGGGCGGGAAAGUUCUGCUAAGAAGGCAUUAAACUGCAAGCCAGGUGAGAUAUCCUGACCAUGCCGUCCAAACGACAAGAUGUGGCCCAGCCUGCCUUCUCUCCAGUUCUCUUCCUGACUGUGGAGGGUGAACCCAUGUGUUUCUUCCUGCGACCGGGUCCCAUCAAAAGCAAACUCCAGCCACUCAUCACAGCUGGAGGAGGGAUGUUGUGCAAUGUCCAGCAACCAGGAGCAAUACUGCUGAUUGAUCCUGAGGAAAGAAGCACCAUUCCAGAAUCCACCGCUCACUGGUAUGUGUCCACCCAGUAUAUUCAUGACUGUAUUGAGAAGGAUGAACAACUGAAUUUAGAGGACUACAAGCUAAAUCCUAAAGUCCAAAGACAUUCUGCUAGACUCAAUAGCAGCAAAAAUGUCUCUCCUCAACUCACAGGAGGCAGAAAUGCCUACAGUCCGGAAGAAGAUGCUGCCAUUUUAAAUUAUGUCAGCAAACACAAGACUGAGACUGGGGGGAACCGGCUUUGGCAAGAGAUGGAGAAACGGUGUGUGACCAGUCACAGCUGGCAGUCAAUGAAAUACCGCUACAAAGCACGACUGGCUAAGAAACAGACGGGGGCCACGAAGGUGGAAAAGACAGAAGGCAGUAAGACAGCAGAAGAAAAGACAGAGGUGGAAGGAAAUCAAGAGACAGCGGUUCAAAAAUCUUCAUGUGAAGAAGAUGUAUUAGAAACAGACCUAACACAGGCAAAUGCACAGUUAAUACAAACAGGAAACGCACCAGAAAAUGUAGAUGCUCAGACAUCCAUCUCCCUCCAAGAACAAGAGCAGCAUGUGAGCCAGAAAACAGAUGAACAACCAUCUGAUGGCCAACAAUCAGAUACUGUAGAAGCCGAAGCAGCUCAGUCCUCUCAGACUGUGGCACCUUGUGCAAACCUACAGGCAGAGACCCAACUCCUUACAGCAGAGACCACAGAAGCAGAAAGAGGUGGGCCUCAAGUGACUGUCUCCCCACAAAAACAAAGUUUAUCUGGGGAGUCCCCGCCCAAAACUUCCUCAUCAAAAAAGCUGAGAGAGAAGCAGAAGGUCUCCCCAAUGCUGGAACAAAAGCCACGCCGAAUGACUCGUAGGCAGCUUGAGCUUGAACCGUACGGCAAAAAACUCAGGUCAUCAUCAACCCAAACAGUUCGAUCUACAUCAUCUCCUGAGCCUCUGAAGAAAACAAAAUCAGCUGUGAAGUCUGCUCUUAAAGGUACAAUCUUAGACCAGCCGCCCCCUAAGAAAGCCAGAGGAGAGACUGUGGCAGCAGAAGCAGAGAGCGAUGAGGAGCAGAAUACACCAGCAACCGUGUCUGAAACAGCACAAGCAGAUGAAACCAAAUCAGUGCCACAGAACGCAGAGGAGAAAAAAGAGAAGAGAAAGUUGGGGAUUCUUGAACUGGCAACGAAGGAGUUUGAAGAUGAAAGUGAGUCUGAUGAGCUUGAAGCUCCAGAUCUCCAAAACUCUGCACAAACAGCAGCUACAUUGACCUCCUCCCACCCCCCACCUUCAGACACUACUCCUAAUCCUGGUACCAGACAGUCCACCUCUAAACCUGGACCCACACAGACUCUUCUGAAUCAUGUGGAAGAGGCUCAGGCCACUAGUAACAACUGUAUAGCAGAGACACACCGCCUGCCUGCAGCUGCUAAGCCUGUAGUGUCUGAGGCUGUUGGUGCAACCUCCAAGGCCCACCUGUUCAUAUUUGACAGUGAAUCUCAGGAAGACGACUCUCAGUCUGUCAUUGGUGACCGUUCAGUAGCUCCUUCAAACCCACAGCCGACAGUGAAGAAAGGUGCUGCACCUUCUCUGACUCAGGACCUGUUAGAGGAGGACAAGCAGCGAAUCAGAGACCUCAUGAACCAGACAGAUCAGGAUUUAAUUAGUGUGACCAAAACUUUAUUGAAGACCAGCGGAGACUUCUCUGCUGCACUCGACCUGCUUUUGAAUCCCUCCUCCAUUUCUGGACCAUUUUGGAAUCGCUGUGAUGACAGACUUUUGCUCUCGGCUGAUCCUGUCGUCUUCCAACAGCUGCAGGAGAAAUACGGUGAGGAGAGCGUGGCCAAAAGAAUCGUGUUUCUCGAGGUGGAGGGAUGAAAAUGUACGAUUCUACAGAUGGCAAAAAGAAGCUGGAUCUAAGACGACAUUCUCUGCACUACUGUGCAAAAAGUGAACUGGAUCACUGAUAUUGAGAUUGUUUGAAUUCCCACUUCUGUUUUUCAGUUGUCACCCACAACAGUUAAACUUGUGUGAAGAUAAAAACUUGCUUGUUUGUCCAAUACUGCUGCUUCUUGACUAAAUUUGAAUUUUAAUCAAAUUAUAUUAAAGUUGUCUGAACUUUUAUUUUUCUUUGGGGACACAAGCUUUUAAUACAUUUUAGAUUGAAAAGAUGUUGC